AUUUGAUCAGUUUUGUUAAGAUCAUCCAAAUCAUUUUCAUCCGAAAAGGAAAAAACGAAAAAACAAACCAAACAGAUUCGUAAAUUCGUAAAUAAAAUACAUUGUUUGUUCAGUUGAUCACAAUGUCUAGUGUAUUGGUCAUUAUCAUCAUACCUGAUCAACAAUGUGAAAUUGAAGUUGCUGAAAAAGAAAAAUUAGUAAGAAAAUUUUCAACAAAAAAAUUCAAAAAAGAUCUUUCAAUUAAUAUCGAUAAUGAUGAUGAAAAAGAAAUCGAUGAUAAUGAUUCACUUGAAAAUGUUGUAAAAAUUGGUCUCACAUUUCUGGGCAUUCCCGAUGCAACAUGGCAAAAAUCAUUUAAUGGAAAAUAUUGGCAUAUAUUAUUUCCAGUUGAUUUGGAAGAUAGUGAUGUUGUUAUUCAGUAUUUUAAAGCACGUGGUAUUGGAUUACAUCGAAAUUCAUCAAUCGGGAUAAUUCCAUUUUCAUUAUUCUGUUACAAUGAAGAAGCAGCCGAAUUGGAACAAGAAUCAGCAAGUGAAUUGGAUGAAAAAACACGUGAAGUACUUAGUAUUAAAGAAAAGCAAAGUAAAUUUCUUAAAUCAGUUACAGCUCGAUUAACAGUAGCACAAAUUGUAAGCAGUGUUCGUGAUAGUGCUACAUUGACAUUUGAUUUUAUUUGCUAUCUAAUAUUUGCUUCAUGGAUUGCUGCAAUGGGUUUACUUGAUAAUAGUGUUAUCAGCUUGGUAGCCAGUAUGUUGGUAUCACCGAUGAUGGGUCCAGUAAUGGCAAUGACAUUCGGAACGAUUAUUAAGGAUAGAUCAUUGCGUAAUAUGGGAAUCAAAAAUAUUUUCGUUUGUUUAAUGGGCACAAUUUUAUUUGGUUUUAUAUUCGGAAUGAUUGCUUUGAAUUUUACUCAAUCAUGGACCGAUUCAUUAGGAUCAAACAAUACAUAUACUUGGCCUACGGAUAUGAUGCGUGAACGUGGUUUAAUACGAAUCACUUGGGUUGGUACACUUGUUGCAUUUCCUUCAGGUUGUGCUGUUGCUAUUUCACUUUUAUCCGGUAAUGAUGCAUCAUUAGUUGGUGUUGCCAUUUCGGUAUCACUUUUACCACCGGCAGUUAAUGCGGGUUUAUUAUGGGCAUUUUCAUUGUUAAAAUUUUUAUAUUCAUUGGGUGAACCAGGAAAAACAAUGAUACAAUUUCAAUCACAUUUCAAUCAAAGUACAAUGAUAGAAUUACCACAAGCAUUAGUUCCAUUGGAAAAUUAUACCACUGUUUACAGUGAUAAUAUGGCAUUGGAAACACUUUUUCUUGGAUUAUUAAGUUUAUGUCUUAGUUUAAUUAACAUUGCAAACAUUAUCAUUGGAGCUUUGUUAUUAUUGAAGAUCAAAGAAAUAGCACCAUUAUCAAAUCUAUCACCAGUAAGUCGACGAUUCUUUCAAGAAGAUAUCAAGAUUGCUCGAGAAUAUAAUCAAAGAGCUGGACCAAGUAAUCUUAGUGAAGAUGUUCUAAGAGAAUGGGCUACAAUUCAUGGUUAUGAUUCGGAACAAUUAAUGAAACCAGAAUUACGUGCUAUUCAAUUAAAAGCUUUAGAUGAUAUUGCUAAAGAUGUUGAAGCUGAUCAAAUUUUUCAAACUGUUACACGUAGUGUUCAUAAUACCGACAAUAAUAUUGCUCGUAGAUUGAGUACAAGUUUAUUUGUAAACGAUAACAAUGGACUUUAUGGUCGUCGUCAAACAUCAGCAUCUAUUUUUAAUCAUCAUCCACCAACAAUAGUUGUUUCGGAUGCACAGAAUCCUCGAAGACCAAGUUUUGCACAUUUUGCUGGCAACAAUAGACGACGAAUUUCAACGGCUGCAUUAAGAAAUAAUUUGGAUGAAAUGAAUGAUAAUCUAAGUCCAACAAAAACCUAUCAUGGUCAUACAAACAAGGCAUUCUCAUUCAAUGAAAACGAUAUAAAUGAUCAAAAUAAUUGGAAACGUCGUGGUAAUCGUCCGGUUGUAAAACUUGCACCAUGCGAUUCUGAUUCCGGUGCAAGUUUCAAUGAUAAAUCAUCAUCACCACCACCAUCACCAAAAAUGAAUGGAACUCGUUUUUAGCGGAAAAAUUUAAAAUCAUUUCAAAUUUUCUAUUAUCAUUCUCAUUUCUG